CGCCAAGCGCCCCGCAGCCUACACACUCUCACCGCUUCUGGGAUGACGGGCCACUGAUAAAACCCUCAGGAUGUUCAGCUGGGUGGUGAAAGUGGUUCCCCAGCCUCCUGGGAAACUAGGAGAUGAGGAGAAGACAAAUGCCCCACCUGCCCCAGUAAAACAAGUAACUUUCAAAGAAGAGAAGAAACAAGAAGCUCCAAAACUUGCCAAGGCUAAAGACGAGGAGGUCACCGAGGAGAAUGGUGGUGAGGCUGGAGUGUUGACAUGGAUCACCCAUGGUUUUGCUAAUUCUCUUCCCCAGCCUGCUGGGACACCCCGGCUAGGCAGAGCCCACACUGAGGAGGAGAACAGGCAGGGGUCGAGAGUCAUGGGCUGGAUUGCCCAGGGAUUGGCCAGUGUGGUUCCACAGCCUGAUUUGAAAAACAUGGAGGAGGUGGAGCCUGCGGAGACAACAGAGAUUGCAGAGGUGAGCAAGGUGCCGGAAGUUAAGAAUAAACCCAGCAUUGCAGAGGUGAGCAAGGCACUGGAGGUUAAGAAAAAACCGAUCAUUGCAGAAGUGAGCAAGUCGCCAGAGGUUAAGAAAAAACCUAGCAUUGCAGAAGUGAGCAAAGUGCCGGAGGUUAAGAAAAAAACCAGCGUGCAUGCUAUCCAAGAUGUCCCAGAUGCAGAGCCUCUUCCUCAUAUUCCUGUGGUGGAGGUUAUGUCAGAUGAAGAGCCUGAAGAGGAGAAGGGAAUCCCACCCAGGGUGUAUGAGUGGAUCAAGCAGGGUUUUGAGAAGGUGGUUCCCCAGCCAGCUGACAUCAACAAAGACGUCUCAGCGAAGGCCGCCUGCCCACAGAAAGUGACCUCCUCCUCUCCGGAAGCUGAAGAGGAGGCCAAAGAAAAUGUGGUUGGCUGGAUUGUUCAGGGCUUUGGUCGUAUGUUACCUCAGCCUGUCCUGACUCCCAGUGGAUCGGAGAACGCUGAGGCUGUGCAGAACAUCCUCAUCCUGCAGGGCCAUGAAGACAUGGUUCUGGAGGAGGUGGACCCGGAUUGGGAGAAGAAAGAGAACAAAGCGGCUCAGGGAGCAGCCCUUCUCCAGGCCUUACCCUCACUCCUACCCCAGCAGGUUAUGGCCAUGCAACAAGAACCAGAGGAUGCAGAGACACAGACAGAGAGAUGGACUCCCCUCAUGGAGAGCAUCAAGAAAGAAGCAGAGGAGGCUGCUAUGGUGAAAGUGGAAGAGAAGCUGCAGCAGCAGUUAGAAGAAGCAAGGAUGGCUGAGGAGGUGGCCAGGCAGGCGGCUGAGAUGGCAGUUAGACAACUAGAGGAGGAGCAGGCUGCCAGUGCCCAGAGGGCCACAGACUCACAGCAGGAGGCUGAUGGAGAGCAGUGCCUGGUGGAUGUGUGUCCAGCCGAGGGGUUGCCCGAGGUUGAGGCAGAGGCGGUGUCUCCCCCCAGAGAGGCCUCCCCUGAACCAGAACCAGAACCAGAGCCAGAGCCGCCAAAGAAACAGUCUCCCCCAGUGACAGAGGCCCCGGCAGUGACCGAACAGCCAGAACCAGACGACCAGAAGGCUCCGCCUACUGCCGCCCCUCAGGAAGAGGAAGGUGCCGACAAAGGAGGGUGUGAAGAGAGCUUUGGUAAGGACAGAGGAGGGAAUGUGCUGCCAGCAGUUAAAGUGGAGGAUGUGGACAGAGACGUAGGGAUGGGAGGGGGUCGCAACAUCCCCCAGAUCAUCACCUCCCAGGACCCCCUGUCCAUCUCUCUGACCGUGCCUCUCGUCCCCAUGACCAAGCACAGCAAAGCUGUGGCUGCAGAUGGCUCGCUCCUCCCGGUAGAAGAGAGAAGUGCUGAAGAGGAUGAUGUUGGUGGUGUUGAUGACUUGGAGAUGCAGACCGGCCUCCUGACUGUGGAAGAUGAGGAUCGUCCAACAUCAGCAGCCAGCUAUGGCAGUGUGAUUGUCCAAGAAAGAGUGACUACACUGGUCAAGCUGUUUAAAGCGAGGACGGUCCGCAAGAAGGAAAAACUGAUGGACCCUGACGACUCUGAGGAAGACAGCCCUCAAGCCUCCCCAGCCAAGGCACCCCCUCCCCCUCCUCCCCCGCCCCCAGAAGAGGACAAGAAGGACAUCCCAGACCUGGUGGAGGAGGAAGAGGCGGAGGAGUACUGGGACUUCUAUGGAUACCCAAUCAAAAUCCUCAAACUUCCCAAAAUGCCCCCACUUCCUAGUUGGCUUCAAACCAUAGUGGACUAUCGUUUCCCUUCCAGCAUCGACCCCUAUACCGACCUGGUCUACGUGGUUUGGCUGUUUUUUGUGAUGAUGGCUUGGAACUGGAACGUGUGGCUGAUCCCGGUGCGCUGGGCCUUCCCCUACCAGACUGCAGACAACAUCUACUGGUGGCUGUUAAUGGACUACACCUGUGACCUUAUUUACAUCACUGACAUCAUGGUCUUUCAGCCCCGCCUGGAGUUUGUACGCGGAGGAGAUAUUGUGUGUGACAAAAAGGACAUGAGAGACAACUACAUGACAACAGAAAGAUUCAAGAUGGAUUGUAUCAGUAUGCUCCCCAUGGAGAUAUUUUACUACUUUACUGGAGUUAACUCCCUCCUCAGAUUCCCCCGCCUACUGAAGUACAUGGCUUUCUUUGAGUUCAACGACCGUUUGGAAGCAGUAAUGAAGAAAGCCUACAUCUACAGAGUGAUCCUGACCACUUCAUACCUGUUGUAUUCUCUCCACAUCAACGCCUGUCUGUUCUAUUGGGGUUCUGACUAUGAGGGGCUGGGGUCCACUAAGUGGGUCUAUGACGGCAGAGGGAACAGUUAUAUCCGGUGUUACUACUUUGCUGUAAAGACCCUGAUCACCAUCGGUGGUCUACCGGACCCCACCACCGUGUUUGAGAUCACAUUCCAGCUAGUCAACUACUUUGUUGGUGUCUUUGCUUUCUCCAUCAUGAUUGGUCAGAUGAGAGAUGUAGUGGGGGCUGCCACAGCGGGACAGAACUACUACCGGGCCUGCAUGGAUAACACCAUCAAGUACAUGACCUCCUACCACAUCCCCAAAGAGGUCCAGAACCGAGUCAAGACCUGGUACGACUACACCUGGCAGAUACAGGGCAUGCUGGAUGAGCAGGAGCUGUUAAUCCAGCUGCCAGAUAAGAUGAGGAUGGACAUGGCUGUGGAUGUUAACUACUCCAUUGUCAGUAAAGUGGCCCUGUUCCAGGGCUGUGACAGACAGAUGAUCUUUGACAUGUUGAUGAGGCUCAAGUCUGUGGUCUACCUGCCUGGGGACUUUGUCUGUAAAAAGGGUGAGAUCGGCAGGGAGAUGUAUAUCAUCAAGCAGGGGGAGGUUCAGGUGGUGGGAGGACCUGAUUUGAAGACAGUGUUUGUGACAAUCAGGGCCGGCUCUGUGUUUGGAGAAAUCAGCUUGCUGGCAGGGGGCGGGGGGAACAGACGCACGGCCAACGUGAUGGCUCACGGAUUCGCUAACCUCUUCAUCCUGGAUAAGAGGGACCUCUCAGACAUCCUGGUGCAUUACCCCGAGUCCCAGAAACUCCUCCGCAAGAAGGCCAAGAAAAUGCUGACAAAGGAUAAGAAGCCAGAGGAAAAGGCAGAGGUGAAGGAGACUGCCGAGGUGAUCCCAGACAGGCCAGAGACCCCCAAGCUGUUCAAAGCAGCCCUGGUGGUCACAGAGCAGGCAGGCAUUAAGGGCACCUUCGCCAAGCUGAAAGAGGGCUACAAAACUGGCGAGACUGAGUCCUCUGGACUCCCCAUACCUCCUCCCUCCCCGAUGGUGCACCGUCGCUCCCCCAUCCCCCCUACACAUCCCCGCAUCGAGGAUGACGAAGAUGCGGUUUCCGAGACGACCGACAGCAUGACAUGCCGUCACAAAGGUGAGGAGCUCCUGUCCGUCGAGCAGAAGCCUGGAGAUCAAGAGGAAGAAGAGGAGGAGAUGGAGAAGAAGUAGAAGGACACAGAUAAGGAAAUAGACAGAAAGAGAAGGGGAAGAAGUAUUGUGAUCCCCCACUACCCUUCUAUGCUCUUCUGUGUGUAUAUUGACAUUGAGAUUACGGACCGAAAUGGUUAAAAAAAAACAUUCUCUCUCUAUUGCCACGUUCACUUCAUAUCAGAAACUCUGGACCUCCAAGUCAAAAUGAACGUCAGUUAUUUGCGUAGAGCUUCCUAUUGGUUGAUUCUGAUACUUCCCAAGUGGGAAACUCGGGUAUCAUCUUUCUAUAACGAGUAAGCAAAUGUCUGAGUUUCCGGCAUGACGUGAACACGGCAUAUGUCCCCCUGGGGAAAGUUCCCUUUACAGAGUUAUCCUUUCAUAUUCUGGGAUAUUCUGUGUGCCCCUUCUUUACCUUCACUCCCUCGUGGUCUCACUGAUGUUGUGUUUGUUUUAGUACCUUAAAGCAGCAAUCAGCAGUUGAAACAAUAACAAAGCUUACUUCCCGC